AUGAACAACAACAGCAACACUAGCAACACUGAUUAUUCUGUUGAGAUUCUCAGACUUUCGGCCUUCAUUCUUAAUUUCCACAGAAAUGCAUACUUGACCAAUGUUAAAAUUUCCUUGAAUCAAAUGAGUAGACAACGUUUGAUUCUGCAACAACAAGUGGAACAGUCCCAACAGCAGCUUCUUCAAUGGGCAACAAACAUCAUGCUUGAAAGUUCGCAAUUGGUCAGUCAUGAUUACUUCUACAUGGUAUACACUUGCAGACCACACUCCUUCACUCUAGAACGCGGGCCUAAAGAAGUCAACCAUGAUAGAUAUGGCGUGUUUAGACAAUGGUGGUAUGUUCGACACCCAUCUUUGACCAACGACCUUGGAAGCAGCAGCUUCCAGUUACAAUACCAAAUGAGCCGCGCAAACUUUGAGUUGCUGCUCAAUAUUGUUAGUCAGCAUCAGGUGUACGACGCAGCUUUGAAUGGAAAUAGUUAUCCUAUUGAAAUCCAAGUUGCAACAGUUCUUUGGCGCUUUGCCAAUACACAUUUUGGUUACUGUCUUGCUGAGAAUUUUCUUGGAGUUAGUGUCGGAUCGUAUACACGGUUUACCUUGUGGUUCAUUACUGCCAUGUCAGACUAUUCUGAUAGGUUUGUGAACUGGGGAGUCCAUGACAGUGCAACAGCGAUAAGAAAGGCAGCUGAAUUCAAGCAGCCUGAAAGACGUAGUAUUCGUCUACCUGGUGUCAUUGGGGCAAUUGAUAGAAAACUUAUUUCCAUUCAAAAGACUUCUUUGCAUGGAAACGCCUGA